ACGGGUGAUCGAGGGAAGACGGGAAAGAAGGUGGUCAAUAUGACUCCUAUCUUCCUCGUCGUGUUGCUGGCGAUUGACCCGAUUAUCGCGCAGAAUACCGGAAACAUCAGCGACUCGCACUACAUCACGUACAUGACAAGCCCGCCGACGAUCCUAGUGAAGCCGCAAUCGCAGCAGGUGAAGGCAGGCGGGAUAGCGAGCUUCUACUGCACUGCGGAAGGAGCACCGCCGCCCCAGAUACACUGGCGAAAGAACGGCAAGAGAAUCUCACAAUCCCAGUCCCGGUACGUGGUGCACCAGUAUGAAAAUGGUGCUUUACUGCGGAUCGAACCUGUCAAGCCGUCGCGCGACAAUACCAACUACGAGUGCCUAGCUGAGAACGGAGUCGGCGACGCUGUUUCAGCCGAGGCGACGCUCACCGGUUACGAAGCGGAUAAUCUACCCAUGGGUUUCCCGAUGAUCACUCAAGCGCCGACGACGAAAGUAGUCGAGAUGGGCCACAACGCGGUCCUUCUUUGCACCGCGGUCGGAUCCCCGACGCCCAUCAUCUCCUGGGUGCGAGAUAUGCUGCCUAUCGACACGUCAAAUCCACGAUACACGGUUCUGGAUUCCGGUGCCUUGCAGAUUACCGAAUCCGACGUAAGCGAUCAGGGCAAGUACGAAUGCGUUGCUAACAAUUCCGUGGGCACGGAGUACUCCAAGUCGACCACGUUAUACGUGAAAGUACGUCGUGUUUCGCCGAGCUUCUCGAUUCCACCACCGUCGGUGAGCGAGGUGAUGCUGGGCGGGUCGUUGAAUCUCACCUGCGUCGCCGUGGGUGCGCCUAUGCCCUACGUGAAAUGGAGGAAGGACCCGGCGACCGAUCUGACGCCAGAAGACAACCUGCCGGUCGGCAAAAAUGUCCUGAUGCUGGCGGACAUCAAGGAGUCCGCCAAUUACACGUGCACCGCCGCGAGCGAUCUCGGUGUAAUUGAGGCAACCACGAUGGUGAAAGUUCAAUCUCUUCCCGGCCCGCCCGAGAACGUUCAAGUGUCCGACAUCACUGCGACGUCGGUGAAGCUGAGCUGGUCCUACAAAGGACCGGAUGAGCUGCAGUAUUACGUAAUUCAGCAUAAACCGAAGCACGUGAACCAGGCAUACGCCGAGAUAUCCGGUAUCACGACGAUGUACUACCAUGUUAGGAGUCUCAGCCCGUAUACGGAGUACGAGCUUUACGUGAUAGCCGUGAACAGCAUCGGGCGUGGUCCCCCAAGUGCCCCGGUGAUGGUCACCACUGGUGAAACAACGGAAUCGACAAAUGGAGGUGCCAAACCCGGUACAGCGCCGCGGAAAGUUCAGGUACGGCCGUUGAGCUCCAGCACGAUGGUGAUACAGUGGGACGAACCGGAAACUCCGAACGGUCAAGUGACGGGAUACAAAGUGUACUACACAACGGACUCGAAUCAACCCAUGGCGUCCUGGCAGUACCAGAUGGUGGAUAACAGCCAGUUGACAACCAUCUCGGAGCUGACGCCGCACACGAUCUAUACCAUAAGAGUUCAGGCGCUCACAAGCGUCGGCCCUGGACCUCUUAGUCUGCCGGUGCAAAUCAAAACGCAACAAGGGGUACCGAGUCAGCCCGAAAUGCUAACGGCGGUCGACAUCGGGGAGACCAAAGUAACGCUCCAAUGGAGCAAGCCCGCUCAUAGCGCUGAGAAUAUUCUCAGCUAUGAGCUGUAUUGGAAUGACACUUACGCGAAGGAGAAGCAUCAUCGCAGGAUACCAGUCACCGAGAACUACACAUUGACCGGCCUGUAUCCGAACACCUUGUACUACGUGUGGCUGGCCGCGAGGAGUCAGAGAGGAGAGGGUGCCACGACGAUACCGUAUCCGGUUCGCACCAAACAGUACGUCCCCGGGGCUCCGCCUCGCAAUGUAACCGGCAAGGCAAUCAGCCCGACUUCCAUAUUGGUAACUUGGGAACCGCCGGCCGCUGAACGCUCCAACGGGAGGAUCGCCUACUACAGGCUGCAAGUCGUCGAGAGCGGUCGCUCCGAUUCCGAGGCGAGGAUUAUCAAACUGAAUGACACGCGUUUCGUAUUGGACGAGCUCAAAAAGUGGACAGAGUAUCGGAUCUGGGUACUGGCCGGGACCAGAGUAGGUGACGGACCUCCGAGUUAUCCUAUCUCGGUCAGAACUCACGAGGACGCUGAAAAAAUGCCGGGGGAUCCUCAGGACGUCAAAGUCACGCCGAUCAACUCGACGGCGAUACACGUCGAGUGGAAGCCACCGAAAGCGAAAGAUCAGAACGGCGUUAUACGGGGGUAUCACAUACACGUGCAAGAAGUGAGGGAGGAGGGAAAAGAUUUACUGAACGAACCGAUACGUCGAGACGUGCACGAGGAUGGCGUGUUAGAAGUGAACAUCACCGGGCUGCAACCGGAUACGAGAUACUCGGUGCAAGUGGCCGCGUUGACGAGAAAAGGAGACGGGGACCGUUCAGUACCGAUACACGUUAGGACCCCGGGCGGUGUACCAAACAGACCGCAGGUCAACGUGAAAGUCUUGAGCAGAGGCCCCGAUGUCUUGGAGCUCGAAUGGGCCCAGCCUACUCAAACCUACGGUAGUCUGCUGGGAUAUCGUAUUCGGUACGGUGUAAAGAAUCAAACGCUCAAAGAGGAAUUUAUCGAGGACACGCGUCAACAUACGUACAAAAUCACGGAUCUCGGAGAACAAGGCGUUGAUUACGAGUUCAGAGUAGCGGGUAAAAAUGACAUCGGCUUCGGUCAGGAGACCGUGCGGUACUGGUUCAGUCCAGAAGGCGAACCUACUGGGCCACCAACGAAUCUAUCGUACUUCUUUCAAACUCCCGACACUGUGUGCGUGACCUGGGACAAACCGCUUCGACAGCACAGAAACGGCCAGAUAAUCGGAUACGACGUGCAGUUCAACAAGAAAAACGAUCACUCUACCACUAUAGAUAGAAACACGACCAAGACGAGAGCGGUAUUCACCAACUUAGAAGAGAACACUGAAUACGUCUUUCACGUGCGAGCACAUACAUCGCAAGGCAGCGGUCCGUACUCUGAGAAAAUCACGAUAAUGACGGAAAAGGAUAUUGGCCGAGCUCCGAUGUCCGUAAGAGCCGUGGCCACAUCGGACUCCAGUGUAGAAGUAUGGUGGGAGCCAGUGCCCAACAGAGGAAAGAUCGUCGGUUACCAGAUUUUCUACACAACAACCGCCGUGGAAGAUCUCGAUGAAUGGAAGCAGAAGAGUGUCGGUCUGACGGAAUCGGCAGAUCUCAUCAAUUUGGAGAAAUUCACGCAGUAUGCUAUAACAGUAGCGGCGCGAUACAAGACUGGCCUCGGAAGACUCAGUGAGACAGUCACGGUGAAGGUGAAACCGGAGGACGUACCGUUGAACCUCAGAGCGCCGGAUUCGUCGACGCAUUCGAUGACCCUUUCCUGGACCCCACCCAUAAGACUGACUCCGAUGAAGUACAAAGUCUCAUUCGACGCUGUUAAAGAAUUCGUGGAUUCCCAAGGUAUAACGCAAACGCAGCUCGUGCCCCGCAGGCAGCUUCUAUUGGAACCUCAAGUCACAAGUACGACAAUAAACGAGUUGCAACCAUUUACGACUUACAAUGUCAAUGUGAGUGCUGUACCGCGUGACGGCCAGUACAGACCACCGGCGAAGAUUACAGUCACUACGCAGAUGGCCGCACCCAAACCGAUGGUGAAGCCGGACUUCUAUGGUGUGGUUAAUGGUGAAGAGAUUCAAGUUAUCCUGCCGCAAGCUUCUGAGGAAUAUGGUCCAAUCUCGCACUAUUAUCUCAUUGUUGUGGUCGAGGACAAGAGCACGGCUGAUAGACAACCGGAUGAAUUGACCGAGGAUAUGAUCAGCGGAAAAGGUGCCAAGCAGGAAAGAGAAAAUGCACCCUAUAUUGCAGCUAAAUUUCCACACAGAGACAUUCCGUAUACGUUCCAUUUAGGCAGUGGAGAUAUCUAUGAAGGAUAUGAAAACCGGAAGCUUAUAAAAAAUAAGCGCUACAGGAUAUUUGUACGAGCCGUAGUUGAUACUCCACGAAAGCAUUUAUAUACGUCGUCACCGUUUUCCGAAUACUUGUCUCUGGACAUGAGAGAAGUACCUCCUGGCGAGCCACCACGUCGACCGAAUCCUAACACGCCUCCGGAUGGAAAUCCAGAAGUUUCUGUAAAAACUAGUGGUCAAGAACCAGGCAUGGUAUGGGUAGUUGGUCCUAUAAUCGCAGCAUUGAUGGUUAGCGUUUGCCUUGUGCUUUUGUUCGUAAUUAAAAAACGAAGACAACCGUGUAAAGCGCCCGAUCAAGCAGCCGUUACGCGACCACUCAUGGCAGCAGAUAUAAGCUCGAAUCAUGCACCGUCGGAUCCAGUGGAAAUGCGGCGAUUAAAUUUCCAAACUCCCGGCAUGAUCUCACACCCGCCGAUUCCUAUUAGCGAACUAGGCAAUCAUAUUGAACGCCUGAAAGCGAAUGACAAUCUGAAGUUCAGUCAAGAAUACGAAUCAAUAGAACCUGGCCAACAAUUCACGUGGGACCACUCCAAUAUGGAAGUCAACGCGUCAAAGAAUCGUUACGCCAAUGUAAUCGCGUAUGACCAUUCGCGAGUCAUCCUUCAGACAGUGGACGGUAUGCCAGGCUCCGAUUACAUCAACGCCAAUUACUGUGACGGUUACAGAAAGCAGAACGCAUACGUGGCGACUCAAGGUCCAUUGCAGGAGACAUUCGGGGAUUUUUGGCGCAUGUGUUGGGAAUUGCGUACUAGUACGAUCGUGAUGAUGACGAAAUUGGAAGAGAGAACAAGGAUAAAGUGUGAUCAGUACUGGCCUACCAGGGGAUCUGAGACUUAUGGACAAAUGACCGUGACCAUCACUGAUGUUCAAGAAUUGGCGACCUACUGUAUUCGCACAUUCCAGGUUUGCCGAGGAGGCUAUUCCGAGCGACGGGAGAUAAAGCAGUUGCAAUUCACAGCCUGGCCCGAUCACGGCGUACCAGAACAUCCUGCACCGUUCUUACAAUUCUUGCGCAGAGUUAGAUCCCUCAAUGUGCCCGACAGUGGACCAUUGGUAGUACACUGUAGCGCGGGCGUAGGAAGAACUGGUUGUUUCAUCGUAAUAGACUCGAUGCUGGAAAGGAUCAAACACGAGAAGAUGAUCGAUAUUUAUGGCCACGUCACGUGUCUACGUGCUCAGAGAAAUUACAUGGUUCAAACAGAGGAUCAGUACAUCUUUAUUCAUGAUGCCCUACUGGAGGCGGUGAUUUGCGGCAACACGGAAGUACCAGCUAGAAAUCUACAUUCUCACAUUCAGAAGCUUAUGCAACCGGAGAUCGAUAAUAUAACCGGAAUGGAACUGGAAUUUAAGAAGCUCUCCAACAUUAAGGCUGACUCGACCAGAUUUAUAUCCGCAAAUCUCCCAUGUAACAAACAUAAGAACCGAUUGGUCCACAUUUUGCCUUACGAGUGCACCAGAGUAUGCCUACAGCCGCAACGUAAUAUUGAAGGAUCUGAUUAUAUAAACGCGAGCGUGAUCGAUGGAUAUCGUUAUCGGGGUGCCUACAUAGCUACGCAAGGUCCUCUGUGCGACACCACUGACGAUUUCUGGCGUAUGCUGUGGGAGCAUAAUUCCACGAUCGUCGUUAUGUUGACAAAACUGAAAGAGAUGGGCAGAGAGAAGUGCCAUCAGUACUGGCCGUCCGAUCGAUCUAUCCGUUAUCAAUGUUUCGUCGUGGAUCCGAUCGCAGAGUACAACAUGCCUCAGUACAUUCUGCGAGAGUUCAAAGUGACGGACGCACGCGACGGGGCCAGUCGCACAGUCAGGCAGUUCCAGUUCAUCGACUGGCCGGAACAAGGUGUGCCGAAAUCCGGCGAUGGUUUCAUCGACUUUAUCGGACAAGUGCACAAAACAAAGGAACAAUUCGGUCAGGACGGACCGAUCACCGUACAUUGCAGUGCCGGUGUAGGAAGAACAGGUGUCUUCAUAACGCUUAGCAUCGUAUUGGAGCGAAUGCAGUACGAAGGUGUGGUCGACAUAUUCCAGACUGUGAGAAUAUUACGCACGCAACGUCCAGCUAUGGUUCAAACCGAGGAUCAAUAUCAAUUCUGCUAUCGAGCCAGUUUGGAGUAUUUAGGCUCCUUCGAUCAUUACGCCAACUGACAAGCCGACACUCGUGAGCAGAGGGAUCUGUCUAGAGACAAGCGAGAUCGACAAAGAGGCGAGAGAGAUAUUGAGAGAGCAAAAGUACGACGUGUCUAGUACAAUAAAGUCGUGUGACAUACUCGUACCUUCCAAGGACAAAUACAGUAGCAAACGCGAUUGCUAGUGUCGUGGGCAGUUAAUAUAGAGAUGAAAUGUUUAGUCAAUGGUGUUGCAGUAAAUGCAAAUACGCCGGAAAUUUUCACUCCUGCAUAUAGCAAAUACCCGAAACCCUGCUGAGAGGCAUUCGAUUUAGGCUAAUCUCUUUUUAGAAACUAGAUUUGAAAGUUCCCUCGCGGUGACGCGGGUCAAAACUGCCGUUUAGAAAUACGUACAAUACACGUGGUUGCACAGGCGAUCGUGUCGUACGGUGUCGCGUAGAUAUGUUCUUUUUUUUUUAUACGCGAAAAAGCGGACUUCUUAAUUUCCAUUCUCUCACGUCGAGGAAUUAAUCAGCUAAGUAUGACGAUGUAAUCAAAAUUACAAACCGUCAUUGCGUAGGAUAUUCGCGAAUUAGUGAAUUGGAACAUAUCCAUUGUCAAAUCGAUCAUUUGCAAAAGCAUUUUUUAAGGUCUAGAUAGUCUAAUUUUAAGAUAGACUGAAAAUAUUACGACCAUAUCUCUCUCCCACUCGAAACAUAGUACAUUUUUCGUAUAUGGUAUGUCUUACAAAUCGAGAUCGGAACCCUUUCUUGUUUAUCGAGGGUGAGAGUGCUUCCUUCAAUAGCGAAUUGCAUAGAGGAAUGAAAUGAUCUCGAUGUCGACGUCCGUGUCUAUUAGAGAAACAGUAUCGAAAUACGUACGAUCAAUUGUAUGUGUGAAACGCACAUCGUGAAAAUAAGAACCUACCCAUUCACCGUACGUGGCAUAUUCCACGAGUACUUAUUAAUGUAGAAAAAAAUGGAUUGAAAAACCAGAGUCAAAUAACUUUCUUUAGCCAUUAUAAAAUAAAAAAAGAAAGAGAUGAAAAUUUCCGCUCACAAAAACAAAAAAUUGCCAUACUGCCAAAUUGACAAUUAUUAAUGCUGUACUCACUAUGAACAGUAGGGAUCUUCUCAUUAUGAUAAUGUUAGAUAGAUUAUAAGAAAUUGUUUUAAGGAUAGAUUAAGUGAUGCCAUUAGGGAAAUGAGGAUGAAAGAAGGAUCCGAGUGAAAGAAGGAUGAAAGGAAACGGUGCCUAUUCAAUGAAAAGUGCGCAAGCGAGUCUGCGCACUUUCUAUAAAAAAAAAAGAAAAAACUAAUUUAAAUAGAAGCACUGUAUGUUGAAUUCGUGUACUGUUCUCCCUCGAUACCGUUAUGUACAAAGUUCCAAUAUAUAGCUUCUACCUCGAAUAUUUCUAAUUGCCAUUCAAAUUUAUUGAAAUAGAUAGCCAUAAAUUCAAUUAUCUUUGCAUCGAUUCAGUUUUUUGACUUACAGAGUACCUUAUGCUAAAAUCAAAUUUACGCUGAGUAUUCAUAUUAUAUAUUAAAUCGACGUUUGUAAUAAAUAUCUUUACUUUUUUUCAAAUGCCAGAUCAAUGCCAAAAAUGUACAAUGAAGAAUAUCGUUGCAUGAUAUAUUUGUCACGGUGAAAAUAUUUAAUCCGGUAAUUUUAUAAAAUUUCUGAUAAUUCUAUAGAAUCAUUGACUAUAUUGGCCAACUAAUAAUAUAUUCAAAUAUCUUUUUCUAAGAUUAUUGAUAAAAAUAAACGCAUUAACUGUUUUGAUUUCAUCGGCAAUAAAUAUAUUUAAUCAAUCAUCAUAGUCAAUUGCAUUCAUCAACAUGAGCAGGGAUUCCACUGAAAUAUAAACGAUUUUAUAAAAACGCCAAUUAAUCACUUUUACCGUAACAUCCAUUUUGUAAGAUAAUAACGACUUCGGAUACAUAUGUUGCAAUUUAAAGUUGCAAACUCCAGUCUACGAAGACAAUAAUUGUACGCUCGAUUACACCUUCUUCGAAAUCUAUAUGAUAUUGUUCGGUAUAGCAAAUGUCUCUUAUAGCUAACAUUUUAGAAAAUACCAUUAAAAAAAAUGUGUACAUGUACAAUAACAAACGCGUCAUCUAAAUAAAGUAAUUUAUUAAUCAUGAAGCUUCUCUGGUUUUUGGCAUUCUUUUGGCUAUAAUACAAUUGUCUUCAUAUAUAAUAUUUCUAAUAUAUUGAAACUACACGAAUAAUAUGUCACAAAAGAAUGCAUUUCCAAGAAAUAAUUUUAUAUGCUUUUACUUAAAUAUACUCCUUUUUCCGUUAGUUAUUAUGGUUCGAGGGUCAAGAACUGUGACUAAAUGUACAUAAAUGCACCGUCUGUCAUUAGAAUCAUUAUAUAAAUAUAUACAUAUAAAUAUAAAAUAAGUAAUAUAUACAUAGAUAUAUAUAUAUAUAUAAAUAAGAGAUGCGAGUGUGCAUAGACAUGAAGAUGUUUAAAAAGAUAUGGGUAUUUUCCAGACUACCGUGUUAAGUUUUAACAGAAAAAAAAUCUGUAAUUUAUUCAGUACGUUGUAUCUAACUAUACUAUUUAACUCUUUCGAUACUUUUUAUUCACAAUUUUACACUUUUUUAUGUUUUUUGGGGUAGUUUUUUAAAUUGUAGUUAUGAUAUUGUGUUUUAACGAAUGUACUUCUAUACAAUGGCUUUCGAGCAAAGUGUUCCUUUAUGGAUUGGAUUCUGAAAAAAAAUUGUUUAUUUGCUUUAGUGACAUAUUAUUUUCCUUUUUUGUUAACAAACUGAGGGCCAUUUAAUACAGCAUUUAAUAAUAUUAUGUAUUUUUUGUGCUUGAAAAAGUACUUAAUUUAUUUUAUUUUAUUAAUAUUAAAAUGUACGUAAUAUAAGUAAUUACAUCAAAUUUUUCACUGCCUGUUAAACCAUUUACAACCAUGGCAUUUUUAACUAAUUUAUAGUAUAAUGGUAAUUAUAGUACUACUUGUAAUAAUAAUAUAUGAUAAUACUAGUUAUAUAUAAAAAUAAUUCUACGAUUUGCCUUAUGUCUCAAAGUUCAUUAUAUAACAAUAACAUUUUAACGACACAUUUUAAGUUAUCACCUUAAGCAUUCCUCUGCAAUGAUAGCAGAUCCUUUAUUACAAUUCAAUAUUUGGCCUUCAGAAUGUAACCAUAAACAGCUAUUUACUUCAAAGUACAGCAUCUUAUUUUAAAGGAAAUGUAUAUUUAUACAAUAUUUUUCAUAUAAUUAUUUCUCUUACCAUUUUAAUUUUUAUAACAUAGCUUUAGCAAUACUUUUUUAAUACGUAGUAUGCUUUUAUUAAGCACAUUUUCAAGCAAAUUAUGUGAAUAUCUUCAAACAGCAGGAAAAGUUCUGUAUUUUUAUUUUUUCUUUUAUGUAUCCAUAAUUUCAAAGGCUGUAAUCGGUAUUUAAAGACUCACACUCUUCAAGAUAUUGUGAGUGAAAUGUUAUUACAUGGUGUAUGACUGAAUAAUGUUUAUUAGCUCUCUUACAAUAUUUGACUGAAAAUACUAAACACGAAACUCAAAACGAUAUGUUUUAGGACACUAGAACGUAGGAAUGGAUGACAUUGAACAAUUAUAAAUUGUACAUUGGGAAAUUUCAUCUGUAAAUAACACUUUUAUUUCCAAUGAAAUAUUUUUAUCCCGCUAUUGUACAAUUAAUCGUUCAAGGUUCAUGAAAAUAAAUUAUUUUUACUUGUUAAUUUUAGUGAAGUAGUCCUUACUAAUGGGAACAUUUCAGAAAAAAACUAGUAGCUCUUAAACUUUAAAAGUCAAACGCCCUGUACACACACUGCGGUUUUUAUUAUAAUGUUCUUAAAAAGAGGAAAAGACUUUUGCUAAAAAUAACUUUCAAAUCAUUAUUAUAAGUAUUCAUCUGUAACAAAUCAUUGAGCGUUUCAUCUCAUUAAACAUUCUUCUUAGAAUAUUGUUAAACGUAUUAAGUUUUAAUAGCAUUAAACUUGGCAGGAACUUUCGUGACAAACUUAUAAAUUUUGAAAUUGCAAUGUAAUUAUUAUCAAUACACGUACUUUGCCAACUUUCUUAAUGGCUUCACGUUUAAAGUCCCAGGCUAAAAUAUGUUUCAAAAAAGACGAAAUUGAAUUAUUGUAUAAAUAUACUACUAGUUAUAAGUUGAUAUCGUUAAUCUAUACUCACUAAAAUUUAUCGCUACAAGGAAGUCCACAAAAUAUUCGUACAUUUAUAUUAUAACAUAAUAAUUGUAAUGUUACAAGUUUUUUGUAUCAUUCCAAAACUUUCGUGUAUGUUGUAUUUUAGUAAUGUAACCCUUGUUAGUCUUUAUAAUUUUUUAACGAUCUAAAAUGUAUAGCAAAACAAUAUGUGGUUUGUUGUAUUCUUCUUCUUGAAAACGUACACAACUCGCGCAUGUCUUCAAAACAGUUUUGAUAAUAUAUUAAAUACAAUCGGCUAUUAUAGCUCCGUGCAAUAUAGCGAGUUCGUUAUUGUGUAUAAGAUCGCCUCAAAUUCAUCUGUAGAUGAAUCAGUGAAGUGACUGCGGUCGCGCGGAUCUGAAGAAGAAUAUGAAUUUAAAUGCAAAGAAUAAGUCAAAUACUAAAUAUCGUUGGAAGAAUGGGAAAUUAUUUUGUGAUACUUUCUUGCCAGAAAGAAUACAACAGGCUGAGGUAACAAAAAAAAACAUGAUAAAUGCAAUGUUACUAAAUUAACAACUAUACAAAAUAAAUAUUGUGUAAUAGGAAGAGUCUGUUGACAAGGAAAAAUACCGUGUACAUUAUGUAUUGCCUUGCGGCAUUAAUAAACUAGUACUAACAUAA